CAUUAUCUGAUCGCCUUCACAUUACACACAAUUCAUGUCAUGCCAUUAAUUCGCGAUCGAUAUAAACAGAUUUGACUGUGCAUGCAUGUCUGGAUACUUACGAGGACGCGCGUUUCAUCGUAUUUUCCUUCAUAAAAUUAUUUAAUAACCCUUAUAAUUAGCAAUUAAGCUGAGGUUGCCUUGAAAUGACAACAUAUGUUUUAAUAUCGAUCAUCUUAACAGAGCGCAUCUGUCUUUUCCUUCCAAAUGCAUCGGAAUCGGAUGUUCCUCAAAAAGCAGUCUCUCAGUCAAGAGCCGAAUGAAAUAAUGAAUGGUUCGCCUACUUUACAGUUUACUGCACAAGAACAUGGACUUCCGCCAUUUUGCACUGCUGGAGUAAAGAUUAUUUUUGGGAGCGAUGGAACUGAUGCUUUUUGAAAUGGAACUGAAGAUUCAGCAUCAUCACCACCAUCAGUUAUGCAUUAUGCACAAUCAUCACCAUCAUCAUCAUCACCACCAUUGGUUUAGGGGAUGAGCAUCAUCACCAUAACUUUAUGGAUUAUGCAUCUCCAUCAGUUAAUGAUUUUAUGCUUCAUCAUCACUGUCAGAUUAUGGUUUGAGCAUAAACAUCACUGUGAUUCAUCUUCUUUAUUAUCCUGUUACUCUUUCCUCCUCAAUGACUAAUUGUCUUCCUCUUAAAAUGUCUUAUGAAUUGCAGUGUUUUAGCUAUGUGGUUUUGAGCAGAGUCUUGCUAUGAGUGCCAAAGCAGACCUGGGUGUCCUGCCACAUGAUGCAGAUGUCCCAUCUGACAGCAGCGUCUCUCAAGCUCCCAAUGACGGUUCUGCACAGCGGCUGAAACCCCAGGAUACUACCACAAUCAUUUUCCCAGCUUCUGCUCAUCCGUUGCCAAAAGUGGAGCUGCCUCCAAAUGCAAUCAAGGCGAUUAAAAGCAGUGAACUGGAGGCCACAUCACUUCCUGCUCAGGUUGGAGGGACCAUUGUCCAUGUUCUGGGCUGGAAGGAGGGAAUGGCCAUCCUCCCUGGAAGCAAUCUGAAGUUAUGUGUUAGUGAUACUGGUUCCCUGGAAGUGAUCAGUGAUGGGAAAAUAGGCUCUGCUAAUCUGACCACUGAAGGAGUGCAGACAAAAUCAGCUGAUAUGGAGCUCAAACAAGCUGAAAAAUCAGACGUCUCAGCAGGUGGGAAUGUCAGGCCGGCUGUCUUUGUGGAGGCCGACAGACUUCAGAGAGCACGUAUGGAGGCUCAGGACAAUCCAGCUCAUAGCAAGUGCAAUGAAGCGUCGCUCAAACAGACUUACCUGACGGAGCUACGCGGAGAGACAAUGUCUGACAAUCCUGCAGGGAUUGCAGAAGCACAGGUGAUCUAUCAUGAGCAUGAAAUGCUAAAGCCCAUGAAAAAGAGGAAGAGGAGGGAAUACAACAGCCCGUCGGAGGAAGAGUCAGAUGCUGAACCAAUGGAGGAGAAAGUGGAGCCUUUAAAAAUGGAUGGGAGACAGAACAAAGCAGUUCUCUCUGUAGGUUCAACAGAGAGUAAGCUGGAGUUGUGGUCGUGGCCGCAGUAUCUAGAGCAGCAGAAAGCUUUGGCCGCUCCAGCCAGACUCUUCCAGGAGACCCAGAGGGUUCCCAUGAUUAAGAACAGCUUCAGACAGGGGAUGAAGUUAGAAGGCAUCGACCCCCAGCACCCCUCUAUGUAUUUCGUGCUGACGGUCGCUGAGGUCUGUGGCUUCAGAUUGCGCCUUCAUUUUGAUGGUUAUUCUGAUUGCCAUGACUUCUGGGUCAACGCCAACUGCCCUGAUAUUCACCCACCCGGAUGGUGUGAGAGCACAGGACACAAACUAUACACCCCAAAAGGAUGUAAAGAAGAAGAGUUUUCUUGGUCCAACUAUCUAAAAAUCACCAGAUCACAAGCCGCACCGAAAGAGAUGUUCUUUAGCUCAGUCAAACUGGAGACAGACUGUGGAUUUGAGGUGGGGAUGAAGCUGGAGGCCGUGGACCGUAUGAACCCCUCGCUCAUCUGUGUUGCCACGGUAACAGACAAAGUUGGCAACCGUUUCCUGGUUCAUUUUGAUAACUGGGACGACACGUACGACUACUGGUGUGACGCUCAUAGCCCGUACAUUCAUCCCAUUGGCUGGUGUCAUGAGAGGGGCCUCCCGCUGACGCCCCCUCAGGAUUAUCCUGACCCUGACAGGUUCUCGUGGGAGAGAUAUCUAGAGGAGACGGGCUCAACCGCGGUCGCUUCUGAAGCCUUCAGAGUGCGCCCUUCCCACAGCUUUCAGGUGCAGAUGAAGUUGGAGGCGGUGGAUAAGCGGUGUCCGGGCCUGAUCCGCGUUGCUACAGUGCAGGAGGUCGACACUUACAGAAUCAAGAUUCAUUUCGAUGGCUGGAGUCACUUGUAUGAUGAGUGGAUGGACUCAGACCAUCCGGACAUUCACCCUGCCGGCUGGUGUGAGAGCACAGGACACCCCCUCAAACCUCCACCCUGCCAGCCCACUGCCCAGAAACCCGUUCAGAGUAAUAUGUGUCGUUUAGGUCCACGGGAGAACCUGACGGCCCGGCAGCCCAACUUCUCAUCCAUGUCCUGCAAAAGUCUGCCUCAGCCACGCAGCACCUCCAAAUACAGCUUCCACCACAGAAAGUGCCCGACUCCGGGAUGUGAUGGCUCAGGUCACGUGACCGGGCGGUUCACGGCGCAUCACUGUUUAUCUGGCUGCCCAUUGGCUGAGAGGAACCAGGGCCGGCUAAAAGCGGAUCUGUCUGAUACAGAAGGAUCCAGACGAAACCUGCUGGUCUUCGGCCAGAGAGCGAAAAAAUCCCGAUAUCAUGGCAGGAUUGGACGCCCCCCUAAAUAUCGCAAAAGUCAGCAAAGAAAUUGUCAAAAUAUGGCGUCGGAGGGAAUGUACUCGUCUCUCUUCAUGACGGCGUUUACAGCAAACUCUGACCGUACUCUGUCUCUCUGCUGGGAGCAGCACUGUAAGUUACUGCCUGGUGUCGCAGGAAUUCAUGCGGGUCAAGUGUCAACCUGGACUAUAGAGGAGGUCUUUGGAUUUGUCAAUAAUCUUAUUGGUUGUGAGGAGCAGGCCCGCAUUUUCAAAGAUGAAAUGAUCGAUGGAGAGGCGUUCCUCCUCCUGACUCAAAAUGAUAUUGUGAAGAUCAUGAAUAUUAAGCUCGGACCAGCGUUGAAGAUUCACAAUGCCAUUUUAAUGUUCAAGAGCACAGAUGAAGGCCUGAAGUGACCAGUUCAUCCUCAAACUCCUCAUGCCGUAACGAUCCAUUCAGAAUCCGACAUCUAUCACAUGUUUGGUGUUUAACGUCUGAACCCACCAGAGAGAGAGAGAGAAAUCCAAGACGAACUAUAUGACAGAGCAGCCUAGCUGAGCUUUGACGUUGCUUUAUUUCAAAAGCGAAACGACACGUUCUGAUAAAGAACAACUUGAUCUGAAACCACCGUGCAGGAUUUUUCAGACAGUGUUUUUUGUAUCUGGAGUGCUAACUGAAAUCUACAUUUGUCCUCAGUAUGUUAUGGUGAAAUCGGUGCACAGGAAUAUCAGGGCAGAUUUCAGUUGAUUGGUGCUACUGUACCCUUUAUUAGAUCCCUGAUGAUGUUUAUGCACUUUACAUGAGGAGCCUCUAGAGGGCGCUGCUCUCCUUUAGACAGUUCGCUUUCUGAGCCGACUCUGUCGAUUGUUUGGGGACCAUGAACAAUAUUUGCCCUCAGUAACAAAGUGCUCCUGACAUUGUGGUGUUAAAUGAGAUUAUAGUUUAAAAGAAAAAGAGCUAUUUUGCCAAGAUAGUUUCGAUUGUCAUAUGAGUGUUGUUAUUUUUCAACUGUAUGAAUGCAAACCCAGAGGGGUGAAUAGUAGUAACUGAGAUCAGGUUUUUAGGACAUCUAUGUUUCUCUCUCUGAUGGGAAAAUUUUAAUAAUGUACAGUUGAGUAACUGUGUCGUUCAGUUCAUCAACAUGAAUAAAUGUUUAAUUCAA